AUGAGUCUGCCGCGAGCCACCUCGGAACGCUUCAAUCGCCAGCACGCCGCCGCACCCUCGACCAAGUCCAAGCAGGACCGCCAGGAGAACGGCAAGGGCGCGCUCAACCCCAUCUUCAACACCGCCCAGUUCGGACAGCACAUCCUCAAGAACCCGCUCGUCGCACAAGGCAUCGUCGACAAGGCCAACCUGCGCGCCUCUGAUGUCGUCCUCGAGGUCGGUCCCGGUACGGGCAACCUGACGGUCCGCAUCCUCGAAAAGUGCAAGUCGUGCACGGCCGUCGAGAUGGACCCGCGCAUGGCCGCCGAGUUGACCAAGCGUGUCCAGGGCAAGCCUGAACAGCGCAAGCUUAACAUCCUCGUCGGCGACUUUGUCAAGACGGACCUGCCCUACUUUGACGUGUGCAUCUCCAACACGCCCUACCAGAUCUCGUCGCCCAUCGUCUUCAAGCUCCUGUCGCAGCGGCCAAUCUUCCGGGUCGCCAUCCUCAUGUUCCAGCGCGAGUUUGCGAUGCGCCUCGUCGCUCGCCCGGGCGACUCGCUGUGGAACCGCCUUUCAGUCAACGUCCAGCUGUACGCCAAGGUUGACCACAUCAUGAAGGUCGGCCGCAACAACUUCCGGCCGCCGCCCCAGGUCGAGUCGUCGGUCGUGCGCAUCGUGCCCCUCGACCCGCCGCCGCCGGUCGCGUUCGCCGAGUUUGACGGCUUGACCCGCAUCGCGUUCAGCCGCAAGAACAAAGUCAUCCGCGCCAACUUUGGCGCAAAGGGCGUCGAGCAGGUCCUCGAGGCCAACUACAAGGCCCUGUGCGCCCAGCAGGAGAAGAUGAUCCCGGACGACUUUGACAUGUCGAGCCUCCUCGAGCAGGUCCUGCAGGAGAGCGGCUACGCCGACCAGCGCGCGAGCAAGAUGGACGUCGACGACUUUCUCAAGCUCCUCACCGUCUUCCACAAGCACGGCCUGCACUUUGCCUGAGCCCCGGCGCUCUCUCCCUCGUUCUGCGUCUCUCGUUCGACGUGUUGUAGCUGUGUCUGUUGUUACACUAGGCGUCGUGCCCUCGUC